AUGCGCACCCUCCCCGAACUCCUCUUCGGCAUCAACGACGCCGACUUCCGCCUCAUCCUCCUCGCCGUCCUCUGCGGCGUCCUCGUCGGCGCGUCCACCUUCGUCCUCAGCCGCCUGCAGGGCCUCACCGGCCUCGACCCGCACCUCGCGCGCCUGGCCGACCUCACCUGGCGCGACGCGGUCGUCGACACGCUGGCCCUGGCCGAGUUCCUCUGCACGCACGCCGACCCGCUCGACCCCGCGCGCCUCGCGCUCCUCGACUACCUCUGGCUCGCGCUCUUCGCCUACGUCGCCUUCGAGCAGCGCCUGCUGCACCUCCCCGCGCGCCCGGUGGCCAGGCCCGCCGCCCGCACGAAGAUGGUGACGACGACGACGACGGGUGCGCGCGGUAGGCGCUUCUGCUGCUGCCGCACGUGUGCGUGGGGGUUCUCGGAUGGCGGAGACGAUGACGACGAGUUCUACGAGACCUAUGAUGGCGGCCCGGCGCGGAAGAGGGUUCGCAGAGGCUGCGUUAGGCCGAAUGCGAUGCGUGGCAGGACGCGUAGGGGCAAGGCGGCGGUUGCGGGCGCGGUCCACGCGUUUGCGCCGGGCGUCAAGAUGGCGGAGAAUGAGGACCCGGAUGCGUAG